AUGAAAUAUACGCUAUUACUCGUCGUCGCUUUCCUGGCGGCCAGUUUUGUGAUCGGCGCUCCGACCACUAACGACGAGGACCAAAUCAUCAUAACGACAGAUUUCUUCCCCGACGAGUUGUCAGUAUACAGCAGCCAAAACGACAUAAUCAGUAUAACAGUACCAUUGAACUCAAUCAACUUCGAGGACAACGACGACGAUUCCGAUCCGGACAUCAUACUGUUCUUCGUUGAGGGCGACCUCGAUAAUGGCGAGGUUAAGGAAUACAAGGGCCUUUAUCGAUACAAAAACGGUACGGCCACGAAAAUGCUUGAUGACGGUACAAGCUCGACCGCUUCCAUCGACGACUCCAAACUCGCGUUCUUCGGCGCCAAAUCCGGUAUUUACGUUUACGACAACGAAGACGGCAGCGUUAAGAAAUACGGAACGGUCGACGACAGUGUCAUUGACAUUGUUCAAGUAAACGGAACUGGUCCUUUAUACGUUUUGACUGAAGACCACACCGUUUACAAAGUCACCGAAGAAGGCAAUAAGAAAGUCGCUGUUGACGGCGCUAAAGAUGCCCAACAGAUUAUGCUUGAUUACUCCGGUAACGUUUACUUUUACGGCCCGGCCAAAAAGCCGAAAGUUGUGACCGAAAAUGGGGUGCAGGAAAUCGUUGGCCUUCCUGAAAACCCAGCUCAGGUGAGACUAAUCAAACCACCGUUUGUCAUAGAAAACGGUGUUGUUUUUAUUGUAGAUAACGACAUUUAUACUAUAUUUGCGAACGGUACAAGUGAGAAAACUGAUUUCAAACUGGACGCAAAACCAACAGCCUCGGCCGUCGAAGCCACUCUAAUCCAAUAUUACGCUUACAAUAAAAAGAUUUAUGAAUACAACAUCCUGACUAUUAUACUGGGAGAGCUAUUUGAUGAACUGAAAACAUUUUUGGAAGAGAAGGCUGAAGAUAUACAGUCGAUCGCGACCAGAUCACGCAGCGGAUUCAGAGCCUAAACACCUCAUGGCGCUAUUCCACAAAUUGAGUACAAGAUGUGUAAAUUAACUAUCCUAAUUAGUAAUGGAAUAAAAUGA